AUGUUUGGACAGCGACGGCAGCAGGAAACAGGCAGAGACUUGCUGACAAAUCCGACUCUCCUCGAGGCAUUCGGAGGCAACAGCUUGGGGUACCAAGGCGGUGGAGCUUCCAGGGUGGGGGCUCCAGAUGAGGCUAUGGUGGAGGAUGGUGCCGACGAGGUCCCCAAGAUCUUCUCAAUGCAGGCGCUUGGCAGCUCUGUGGGUGUUGCCAACACUCCUGCUGCAGCUUCACAGGCCAACUGGCCGGUCAGGGACGCGUCCUUUGGCGGACAAAGUGCGGGUUGGGGUCACAGCCUAUUGCUGCAUCCUCCUGCGCAGGACGGCCCUGGCCUUGGCGGCGAGCCUGUUGGGAGGAUAGGCACCGGUAGCUGCUGGGUCACCGUCUUCGGAUUUCCCAGCCGACUCGCAGCAGCAGUGCGACAGCAGCUGGAAGCGAUCUGUGGGCCAAUCGUCGAGGUGUGCCACGGUGAUGGAAACUUCGUGCACGUAUGCUUUGCAAGCUCGCAGGCGGCGAGUGCCUGCUUGGCUCUAAACGGACAGCUCCUUCUUGGGAAGCUGAUGGUGGGUUGUGUUCCUUGCACCCGUGCUGCCCUUUUUGCCGAAGAUGGCCACUGUCACGAGCAAGAGGUACCAGCUGUUCAAGCAAGCGCUGCAGGUCUGACUCUGGGACCGGGAAGACCAGAGGUUCGCCGCAGCGGUGUGGUCUGGCGCUUGCUGGACCAGCUCUUCGACAUCUAG